AGAGCCUUUAACGUAUCAAUUUUUUAAUCAGUGCAUUGAUCUGCGGAGGGAGGAUGAUAAAUUCUUCAUGAUUGAUCUUUCCGAUGCCGAUAAUAUUGUUAAACGAUUGGUCUUUAAUAUUAUUGACAAUAAUGUGGAGACUGGAUAUUCGGUUGAACAUUUGGUGUGGGAUUGGGAGAGUGAUUUGAUGAAUCAAUUGUUGGAUGGAACGAAGAGACCUAUCAGAGCUUCUGCUAGGUAUAUAACCAUGAAGAAUAGAUGUUGUUCUGGAGAGUAUUGUCAUUUCAUGUGGAAUGGUGUCGAAACAUUUGAUGAAAUGUUACUUUCUCCAGUGCCAAAAGCUAAUGAGAAGGGAUCUGCAUUUGUUGGUGAUGGUGAAUUAUUGAUGAUUUCCACAAGUGAAGUUCCAUUUAUUGAGAGAGGAAAGAGCAAAAUUUUCACAAUGGAGAAAUGUACUGAGGUGCCAAGUGUCACAUAUAACACGACUGAUUUUUGCACUGUUAUUACCAUUCCAUGCAGUAAUGUUUUGGAACGAGAUUAUUCAUUGACUGCCUUUUAUGCAAGUUCAAAUGUUUUUUUAUUUGAUUUGAAGAGUGACAAGUUUUCAACUACACCAAUUCAAUUCAUUCAUCCAGACAAUUUAUUUUACUUUAAAGAGGCAUUUAUUGAAUCAUGCAUUGUUCCAUACUUGGAGGGGAGUAGAAUGAGAGUUUUUGUUUGCCAAAAAGAAAGAUUAUUUGAAUUAGUUUGGUCUGGAGAGGAAUUUAAAAGUCCACUACAAAUGAUUAGACAUUUAGAAUUUGUCCAAUCAGUGUUUUCUAUUACAAGGAUGGACAAUAUUGGUCUUUUAGUUAGAUCUAAAGAUAUUAAUCAGAAAAUUCAAUAUCAUAUCUAUGAACCAGAACUAUACAACUCCAAUCAAUCUCAGAAGGAAGGUAUUUGGAGAUUUAUCACAAAUGUUGAUGGAAAUCUCUCCUCAUAUCUGUAUGCUCCAAAAUCAAAAUCACUUGUCUAUAGGAAGGGCAUUGAGUAUACCAAAUAUUUAUCGUUUGAGGAAAUUAUGAAAAUGCCUUCUAAUAGAAUUAGAGAAGUUUUUGAUGAAGAGAAUUUUGAAAAAUUCAAAGAAUACGAUGCCUCAUUUAAUGUUUACACACCACGUUGUAAAAGUAAAGCCAUUGAAAAGGUUACCUUUGUUAAACCAAACCAGAGAAUCAAUGAGGCCUAUCAAAUCAAAUUAGAACAUAUAGACCAUAUUGAAAUAGUUGCAGGAAUUAAUUGUAAGGAGUUUGCGGAGAAACUUGGACAAUUUAUUUCAAAGGACUAUGUGGAAUUGACUCCAACAGACUUGGCUGAUUAUCUUGGAGCUCCAUUAGUCUACCUCCAUAAAUGGGGAGGAAAUAAUUUAAGUCAUGAAUACUUUAUUAGAGACAUGCAAUAUCACAAAAGAACUAGCUCAGUUAUUGAGCUAGGUAAAUGUUUAAAUGGGGGACUAGGAGGAAGUACAACAGACAUUUCAAAUCUCACAUUCCUUGGAAUCGUACAAGGUAAGCCAUUUGAUAGUUCUGAGGAGGAUAAUGCAGUUGAAGAAGAAGAAGAAGCUGAAUAUCAACAAUUGUUUAAAAAUACGCAAUUUCGAAUGGAGUCCAAUACAAUGCUCGCUACUGAUCCCUUCCUUUCGGAUGGUGGCGUUUAUUUUGAAAAUGUAAGGGAAGGUCUGUGGCAAUGGAAUACCACAAACAAGCAACAGGGUUAUUGUGAUGGCGGAUAUUUCGACCCUAAUGUUACUGCUCAAUUUGUUGCUGUACACACUGAUUAUUUGCAUCUACUCAAUACAUCAAAUAUUUGGCUAAUACCCAAAGAUAGAACUGAAGAGUAUGGUGGUGAGUAUAACAGAAAUGAAUACCUUAAUUAUGAGAUGGAGGGAGGAUGGUUCCAAAUGAGGUUGGGUGUUUCCUCAGAUUGUGCAGUUGUUGGUCUAUUUGACCAAAAGUAUUUUAAUGAUGAGAAUGUUUUACCUGCCAGUAAGGUUAGACAAAAAAGUCUUCUCGAAGCUAAUUUCAAGUUAUGCUAUGAACCUCCAUACCAAGAAUAUCUCACAAAGAAAAUGGAGGAAGAAGGAUUUCCUGAUAAAAUGGAAAUGCCUUAUGGUAUCAUUACAUCAUCAGGUUAUGGAGAUGGCUAUUAUCCAACAUUGUUCAAAAAAUCAGAGAAGGGAGAUGUGAUUGCUGUCAAGAUAUUCUUUGCUUAAUUUCAAAUUUCACAAACCAUAUGAUUUAACCAUUUGAUGAAAUGGAUAUGAACUAACCUCUCUUUUGUUGUGGUCAUUUCACCGAUUCACUGAUUCACACCCUCAUGGCUGCAAAACAAAUGGUCGCUCCACAUCUUUAAAACCAAGCAUGAUCUAACCAUCAUUAAAUUCCAUAACAAAAAAA